UUCGCAGUGAACGGGGCAUCGGGUCGAAAAGCCGUUUGUGGCAACCACCAUGGAGCCAGAAAGCAGCGCAAUAUGGCAAGACAGUGAAGUAAAGGAGCAGCUGGAAGACAAAGUAAUUGAAGCGGAUCCUUUGCCAACCGGGGUAGAGAACAUGCUUGGUGCAGCACCCGAAGAACUCCGACAGCAUGAGUGGACCGGAUUGAAAGGUCUUCCGCUGGACGGGUUGCAAUUCCUGGCAAACUCAGAAUGGCUGCACAUGCGAUUGAACCCACGCGACCCAACGAUGUACAACAUGUACAUCUACAAAAAUAGGCACGUGCUCGUCUUCGAAGAACCCACAAACUGGUGCUGCGUAAUUCUUUGCCCUGGCAAUCGACCUUUCGACAUGCCGGGAAGACGUUCCGAAAACACAGUCAUGAUGCUCCGAAGGCCUCUUCGCUGGGAAAGCGCUGUCUGCGGCUGCUUCUGUUGCUGCUGCCUGCAGUCUCUUUCACUCUUGCAGAAGAUGAUCGUGGAGGCUCCGGAAAGUCAAGUAGUUGGCUACGUGCAGGAGAACUGCAGCAUCUUUCGCUCCUUAUUUACUAUCCUCGAUGCCCACAAAGAGCCUGUGCUUAAAGUGGGCGGCGUCAAAACCUGGUCAAUUCUUCCCUGCUGUCCAGCGAGAAAAGGUUUCGGGAUUGAAACUAAAGACCGAUCCCAUGUGAUUGGAUAUAUCAUCUUCGAUACUGUGCCUAAGUUGGCGAAACGUUUGCAGCGUUUCAUAGUUGCCUAUCCCAAGGAUCUCGAUGUUGGAGUUAAAGCCACUCUCAUUGGCUGCGCAAUGCUGCUACGAUUCAUGUUCUACGACGAAGUGUCCCAGGACUGCGCCACCUGCUGCGAUUGCGAAUGUUGCUAUUGUGAUUGUUGCACCUGUGAUUGCUGGUGGGAGAUGGGGGCGUUGGCUCUGCGCGACGCACUCCGCUCUUAGUCCCCAAUAGACAAUUUUGCACGAGCGCCACGUCUUUAGGAAUGUAGUCGUGGAAGUUCAAGUAAAAGGAAGUAUAUAUA